UCUAUCUCAGUUGCGGACAUGUGCAGGGUGUAUCUCAGUUGCGGACAUGUGCAGGGUAAGCAUUCCUGGGGUAGAAAUAAUGGCAGUAAUAACGGGAUCGUCUAUAAAUGCCCGAUAUGUUUAGUGGAUUCGUCGAAAAUCAUUCAGCUUGUUAUGGGAAUGGAAUCAGCGUUCCAUCUUGAUUCCGAUACGCUGGACUAUGCUUUUAAUCCAUGUGGCCAUGUUUCCUCGUUAGCCACCGUCAGGUGA